ACCCUGGGGGAUGCCAUCCCCAACACCGGGGGAAAUCUUGCCCAUUGAAGCAUAAAAACUUCCAGUUAGGCUAAGGGUGGAAGGAGUUGGUUAGCAAGCCUGUAAUAAGGGCCUGGCCCUGGGCUGACAGGAAGUCUAAAGGAGGUGGCCAACUGUCAUUAGGCCUGGUGGGAAGUGGGAUUCCAGGCAGGGAGGAGACACAGGGUAGAAUCCAGCACAAAAUAUCACAGCAGGUCCCAGGAACCUGGACUGACCAGGGAGGGCUCCCUGGAGGAAGGGGUGGGGCACAUGCAGGCACUGAAGGGUAAGCAGGAUAGGGAUGGAGAAGGAUGUUUUAGACAGUGGGAACAAGUUUGGCAACUGCAGGAAUGAACCGGCUGCCCUGCCCUGAAGAACACAGAGCUACAGGCAAGGAGCCUCCACAGCUGGCAGGGCAGGAAGAUGGGGCGCUCACCAGACCCCCACAGCACUCCGACCCCAGCUGGCACCACAGCCAUGCCCGGGCUCAUUCCAGACCUGGUCACCAGGAUCCCCUGGCCCUGGUGGGCACUCAUUGUAGUGGUGCUUGCUGCUGGCAUCCUCACCAUCUCCUGCCUCAUCUGUGCCACCUGCUGCUGCCGCCGCCACCACCACAAGAAGAAGCCCAAGGACAAGGAGGCCGUGGGCCUGGGCAGUGCCCACAGCAUCACCACCACCCACCUGGUACAGCCGGAUGUGGAUAACCUGGAGUCCAGCCGAGGGGAGUCCCAGCAGUGGGGACGCCUACAGCUUUCCCUGGAGUAUGACUUUGGAAGCCAGGAGAUCAGGGUGGGCCUGAAGCAGGCAGCAGAUCUAAAGGCCAGGGGCACAGCAGAUCCCUAUGCCCGAGUCAGCCUCUCUACCCAGGCCAGGCACAGCCAUGAGACAAAAGUACACAGGGCCACGCUGUGCCCUGUGUUCAACGAAACCUGCUGCUUCCACGUCCCACAGGCAGAGCUCCCUGGGACAGCGCUACAGGUGCAGCUGCUCGACUUCAAGCGCUUCUCUGGGCACCAGCCACUGGGUGAGCUCAGCCUGCCACUGGGUACCGUGGAUCUGCAGCACGUCCUUGAACGCUGGUACCAGCUGGGGCCUCCGGGCACUGCUGAGCCUGAGCAGAUGGGAGAGCUGUGCUUCUCACUCCGGUAUGUGCCCGGUUCUGGCCGGCUGACCGUGGUUGUCCUGGAGGCCCGCGGCCUGAGUCCAGGACUGGCAGAGUCCUACGUGAAGAUCCAGCUCAUGCUGAACCAGAGGAAAUGGAAGAAGAGGAAGACUUCCGCCAAGAAGGGCACAGCUGCCCCCUACUUCAAUGAGGCGUUCACCUUCCUCGUACCCUUCAGCCAGAUCCAGAGUGUGGACCUGGUGCUGGCCAUCUGGGCCCGUGGCCUGCAACUGAGGGCUGAGCCCAUGGGCAAGGUAUUGCUUGGCACCCGAGCCUCAGGCCAGCCCCUGCAGCACUGGGCAGACAUGCUGGCCCAUGCCCGGAGGCCUAUCACUCAGUGGCACCGCCUGCAGCCUGCCAGGGAGGUGGACCACGCCCUGGCCUUGCAGCCCCGCCUGCGCCUGCCCUUGCCUCUCUCCUGAAAGCCUUCUGUGCCUCUGUCUCCCCAGAGUGAGCUGUGAGCACCUGUCUGGGCUCCCCUGGGGAAAACCCACUGCAAUAAAUGCUUUCUCCGGCCACUGUGUGUCCUGCUCAAGCCCUGUGGGGACACAGAAGGAGAGCUGGGCCUCCACCCUCAGUACCAUGGUCCCCUCAAGGGUGGGGUGUAUGUGAGGGGCCUCUUCUUCAGACUCAGCCAGGUCCUAAGGCCUCUAACCUCUGCCUGACCCCUUUGUGGGGAUGGGGGGUGGUGGGGUGUAGUGGCCGAGCAAGAGAUGCGGUGCUUUCCAGCCCACCCAGGAAGAAAGGAGGUGGACACCCUUCCUAUCCAUCGGGGCCAGAGAAUUGGGGACAGCAAGGGAGGAAGUGGGCCCCACAGGAAAACAGUGGGUAGGCAACGGGACAGCAUUUGGGAGGUAGUGACAGGGGAGGGAGAGAACCCCAACACAUACUUCCAGAGAUCAGUGACUGUAGGGCCUUCCGCAUGUGAGCAGCAGGGGGCAGUAGACACCUUCUGAAGCUGCCUGGGGCCUUUGGGGGCUCAGCCCUGGCCCGGGAUGCACCUUCUAAUCCCUGCACAUCUGGACGGCUUUAGUGUCUCCAAAGCUUUCUGCAUCUUGAAGCCCGCAGGGCUGGGGCCACGUGCCCCAACACUCAGAGACGGUGCCAAGUCACGGUCCU